CGGGGCGGGGCGCGAGCUGGCCGCGGGCGCUGGGCGGCUCCGUGGCGCGGUCAGUUGGCGCCUGGUCUUCGGCGGUGCGCGAUAGACAAAACUUCCCUGAAAAUGUCUAAGCAGCAACCAGCGCAGUUUGUGAAUCCAGAAACUCCUGGCUAUGUUGGAUUUGCAAAUCUUCCCAAUCAAGUGCACCGAAAAUCUGUAAAAAAAGGGUUCGAGUUCACACUAAUGGUGGUCGGUGAAUCGGGUCUAGGAAAAUCAACUCUCAUAAACAGCCUUUUCCUGACUGAUCUCUACCCAGAAAGAAUCAUACCUGGAGCAGCAGAGAAAAUUGAAAGAACUGUCCAAAUUGAGGCGUCAACGGUUGAGAUUGAAGAGCGAGGAGUCAAGCUGCGCCUGACCGUGGUGGACACGCCCGGCUAUGGUGAUGCCAUCAACUGCAGAGACUGUUUUAAGACCAUCAUCUCCUACAUUGACGAGCAGUUUGAACGUUACCUGCAUGAUGAGAGUGGGCUGAAUCGGCGGCACAUCAUAGACAAUCGAGUGCACUGCUGCUUCUACUUCAUUUCACCUUUUGGACAUGGACUUAAGCCCUUGGACGUGGCGUUCAUGAAAGCGAUCCACAACAAGGUCAACAUCGUGCCUGUCAUCGCCAAAGCCGACACGCUGACUCUGAAGGAGCGGGAGCGGCUGAAGAGGAGGAUUCUGGAUGAAAUUGAAGAACAUAGCAUCAAAAUCUAUCACUUACCUGAUGCAGAAUCAGAUGAAGACGAGGAUUUUAAAGAGCAGACGAGACUUCUCAAGGCGAGCAUUCCGUUUUCCGUGGUUGGCUCCAAUCAGUUGAUUGAAGCCAAAGGCAAGAAGGUCAGAGGCCGCCUCUACCCGUGGGGCGUCGUGGAGGUAGAGAACCCUGAGCACAACGACUUCCUGAAGCUGAGGACAAUGCUUAUCACCCACAUGCAGGACCUGCAGGAGGUGACCCAGGACCUGCACUACGAGAACUUCCGUUCUGAGCGGCUCAAGAGGGGCGGCAGGAAAGUGGAGAAUGAGGAUAUGAACAAAGACCAGAUUUUGCUGGAAAAGGAAGCCGAACUUCGUCGCAUGCAAGAGAUGAUUGCAAGAAUGCAGGCGCAGAUGCAGAUGCAGAUGCAGGGGGGAGAUGGUGAUGGCAGUGCUCAUGGGCCCCACGUGUGAGGAACUGCUUUCCAAGAUAAAAAAGAAAACAUUCCAGAGGAGGGAUACAGUUGCAUGUUUUUCAUGAUAUGGUUGGAAGGUCAUCCACCCAAGUUCUACAGUACCUGUGCCUCAAUUUAAUUUUUAAAAACUUUUGGUGUGUUUUUUUUGUAUAAAAUAUUUUUAACAUUUGUAUUUCAUUGCUAUGUUAUACUUCAUAUUUUGUGAGGUGAGCUGUCCAUUUUCACCUUUUUCUUUCUCUUAACUAACCACUACUGUUAGAAUUGUUUCAAGGAUCAGUUGAUUUUGAGUUAUUCAUUUCAGCUGGCCUAAAUGACCCAUCAUUGAUGAGCACUCUUGAUUUGUAUCUAGAAACAAAUUCAGAUUCACUCUGUUCCUGAGUGGUAGAGACACUCACCCCGUGAUACACAGAGAGGAGCUGAGCUAGGGCAAGACCAUUAUUUUGCAGUAGCACCACGCAGAGACUACUCUCACUUCCUUGCUUUCGGGUGGGCACAACACCAAAACCAGUUUUGCUGCUAGAAUUCAACAUCAUUAAUUCAUCGGCACAUUCACUGUUUACCAACUAAAAUGGAACAGGUAUCCAUUGAGAUAUAUGUUCAUGCUUAGGUUUUUUUAGAACAGGCUUUUAGAGGCGACUUUUUAAGAAGUGUCAUGAUUCUGAUGCUACGUAAUUUUUAAAACCACUAUUGCAGAGAACCAGCCACUUUAGUGGUGGACUUCACUGGUCUUGAUCGUACUGAGCCCUGGAGAAAAUCAAAGUAGCUGUCGGCUCCGAUUUUCAGAUUGCAACUGAGAUUCUUUCUUAUAUAAGACUGAGAGUCAGUUAAAAUAUUUUUACUCAAUUUAAAAAUAGCUUUUUGAAGAAUAUUAGCCUGUUCAGAAGCCAACCGUUUUUAUACUGUCCUUGAAUGUGUUUAAAUGUGUCUGGGGAAGAUCAGCCCCAGCCCUGGGAAUCGGGCCCGUGUAGAUGUGUCUCUGUCCUGCUCCGAGUCCUGGACCCCUAGAGGCCCAGAGGCUGCCAGGUUUUCCCAGUUCCUAUUUCUUGCUUCUGCUGGUCCCUUUUUGAAUGGUUUUCUGAAAGGAGGCAAAUAGUGAUAAUUUUACGUGCAUACUGUCUCACCUAUUUGCCACCUCCUUCCUUUUGUGUAAGGUACAUUUCUCCAUGCCUCCUGUAAGAAGGAAAGACAUUUCAUGUCCUAAGGACAGGCUGCUGGGCUUUGUGAGCCCUAGGCCAAGGCCCUCACCUGUCCGCCUCACCUUUCCUUUCCACCUAUCGGGGGAGCUUCUUUAGCCUUCUCUCUGAUGCCAGGGCAGGUGAGCAGGGUGCUGGUUCCGCAUUUCAUUUCACCACAGUGGCUGAGGUUGAGAAAUGUUUAAUCUGAGGAUGAGGAUGGUUGCUUUGUUUUUGUUUUGUUUUGCUCAGACAAAAAAUGAGUCAUACACUCCUUACGAAGGGGCAGUACUUGACACACUCAUCUGGUCUCUUAAGCUUUGCGCUUUUACCAUUGAAUUGUGAGUGGUUAUCAGCUCUAUGUUCAGGUGCUUUGGGCAACAUGUUUACCAAUGAAAAGGGAUUCCCUGACUAUACAAGGUCAAUUAUUUGGGUUCUUUUAGCAUUUAUUAACUACGCUUGAGAAAACUAACGAUGAAAAAAAGCAGGUUGUAACUAUAAGCCCUGUUUGUGUUUGAAUAAAAGUACUGCUGAGGGCAAACUGCCACCUGGUAAAGGUCAUUACCUGAUCCAAGUUACACUUGUAAAUCCCUCUCUGUUUUGCUGCCUGAAUAGAAAUGUAUACUUUUGCUAAUAUAUAAUCGCUCUUUUACUAAGAGGUAAUCUCUACUUAUAGAAAUGUAUUUUGAAAACAACUUAUUUUACACGGCAGUUUUGUAUCCAUUAAAGCUAAACUUUUAUCAAUAAAGCACUCUUGUUUAGAUAUUAAA